AUGGAGCGACGGGUGCAGUUCGGUGGCGCGGAGCACGGCUCAGAAGGCGAGUCAGCGGAGAAGCGCUGGAAGGGCUGGAAGGGGUGGAUGUCCUUUUUGGUUCUCAGCGAUUGGGGACAGAAAGCGAAGAAGGACACUGCGAGUCACGAAGGCUUAGUGGUGCAUGCACGGAAGUCAGAGGUCGAGACCGUCCAUGCAUCAGAGGUGCGCUCAAGGCAAAGCUUCUGCGUGCGCUAUGAGGGUGGGAGACGCCAGACGUUCCUGCUGGGUGACGCGCUCGAGGCAGGCGGCCUUUCGCCUCAGAGCACCAAGCGACGUGCUAGCCUUUCGGCGGAUUCGGUAUCCCUUCCCGCAUCCUCGCUGUUGAAGGUCAACUUCGCCGUCGCCCAUGUUGGGAUUCUUGUGCUUGAGCAUCCAGGAUUCCUGUCGCCAAAGGUGCCGAGGACAGUGAUGGAAGCGAGGAGUGGGACCCAUCAGCGGAGCCAAGCGCAGAGGCUGCCCUGGACACCUCCGGCCUUGCCACGCUGCUGGCUUCCAUAA